AUGUACGACGAUGUGAUGGAUCGUAUGUCCGAUUUCAAGAAUGUCGCCGAUGUCGCCUGGAGAGAGGUUGUUAUCAAAUCCAGACCAACUGAAACUAUCUCCUUCAACACUUUAAUCGGAAGACAUAAGCGUAGCAACGAUCAGUGCAACUGUGGAGCUCAAUCUCAAGGAUGCCCUGCUGGACCACCAGGACCACCAGGAGAUGAUGGAAAUCCAGGAGCUCCAGGACUUGAUGGUGAACAGGGUGCUCCAGGAAUUGGAGGAGCUCAACUCAUCUUCGGAGAAGAGAUUUCUAAGGCUUGCAUCGUCUGCCCAGCUGGACCACCAGGACCACCAGGACCAGUAGGACCCGCCGGAGAUGCUGGAUCUGACGGUAUCCCAGGAGCCGCUGGAGAGCCAGGAAACCCAGGACGCGACGGAGAAGCUGGAGAGCCAGGAUUUGAUGGAAGACCUGGUGCCCCAGGACAAUCAGGAGAGCCAGGAGUUGCAGGAGAACCAGGAGUCCAAUACUCUCAGGGACAACCAGGAAGACCAGGACAUCCAGGACAACGCGGACCAGCUGGACCAGCCGGACAAAACGGAAACGAUGGAUCUGAUGGUCAACCAGGAAACCAAGGACCAGCCGGAGAACGCGGACAAGAUGCCCUUCCAGGAUCUGAGGGUCGUCCAGGAACUCCAGGAGUUGACGGAGAGCUCGGACCUGAUGCUGGAUACUGUCCAUGCCCAGCCCGUACCUUCAUGGCUUAA